UAUGAGUACAUUUAUUUCAACGAAAUAAGAAUCAUUUAUAGAAAGACAAAUAACAACUUAGCAACCAGAGACAGUUAAAUAAGUAUAAUUAAUUGUAAUGAACAGUAUACAUCAUACACAACUGAACCUACAUUGUUGAGAGAAGACUAUGCAGUUAAGAAAAUAGAGAGACCUGAGGCAUAUUAAUUUUGGCAUAAAAAAGAGAAAUAUAAUUCUUAUGCCAGCAGAGUUUUAAAUACAAAUUACAGAUCGUGUUCUGUUAUAAAUCCUGGACAGAGUUUUCAAAUAAAUAAUGUUGGAAGUGGAAUAAGUUAAUCAUAGGUUGAUAACAAUAAUGAAUUUUAAUGCUGUACAAAAUAAUAGAUGGUUGUUUCUGUUGUUAUAGUAUCAAGAGAAGAAAUAGAAUAACCAUGGAGAGAGGAAUGUCUUUAUUUGCAAUCAGUUAUAAAAGAGUUAGAAAAAAAGAAAGAAAUCAAAGUAGUAAAGGAAAUAGAUUAUGCAAGAGUAAUAAAUAAUAUUUUAUUCUUAGAUAAAAGAACUUGAAGAGGAAAAUUAUCAUUUACAAUUAGAAUUAUAGUAAGCAUAAGAGAAUACUUUGAUAACAGAAAGAGUGACUUAGAAUAAUAGUGAAGUUGAAGUGUGGAAGAGAAAGUUCUAAGAAGUGAAUCAUGAUUAUAAUGAGGCUUAAGAGAAGUUAAUGAAUGUCGAAAUCGAAUUAGAAGCCUUAAAGAAGGAGAAAGCUAGAGUAUAAAAAAAUUAAUAUACUAGGCAGCCACUGCAACAACAACAGUUACAAGAUCAACAGUAAGAACAGGCACUUCCAGCGUUAGAUAAGCAGGAUAAAUUUGAUAU